AUGCGGAAGUCAUUUAGAGAAGCUGUGUAUCUUGAAGGCGGUGUACAGUUCCUCACAUCUCGUAUAUUUUUGGUCGAUUUACUUACGGAUCGAGUUCCUGUCAAGAACAUCGCUGGUAUUCUCGUUUAUCGAGCUCAUCAGAUUCUUUCGUCGUUCCAGGAGUCGUUUAUCUUACGACUAUACCGCGAACGGAAACCUGGCGGGUUUGUUAAGCCUGCCUUGAGUGAACUCAUUGUGGAUCUGCCGCCGGUCCUUCGCAGAGUUCACACUACAUUCGUUGAACUGUUGAAAGUCUGUAUUCGUGAACUCAAACAGUGCUCCACUGUCGAGAAGCAGGCAGUGCAAGAGGAAGACACCAUACAGAUAGCAGUUUAUAGGCCAACUCUCCUGGAAAGGCAGUUGACUCAGAGGAGAUCCUUCUUGACGGACAAGCAAAGUCGUCUGUUGGCUGACCUUACCAUGCUACGGGAACUAUUACAGGUAGCAGAAGACAUGGAUCCUGCAACUGUACUGAGCCGUAUUAACGCCAUCAGAAAUGAUAAAGAGGUUACAAAUGUAGAACACAAUUUAGCCCCUCCGAAAUGGGAAGUUUUGGCAUCGGUGUUGGAGGAAAUCAAGAGCAUUCCCGUUCGACAGUGUGAAGUCGGUCCAGACGGUCCGUCGGUGUUGUUGUUCGUUAAUGAUGAGGCCGUCGUUCGACAACUGACCGAUCUCAUCAGGAAUGGUCCCGAGUUUCUUCGCUGGAUGACAAGGCGUUCGUUAGGUGGUGGAGGUGCCGGGAAAGAGCCUGCACGAUCUCCUCUUUGGGAAGUCGAUGACGUCAUCCCGUUCCAGAGAGGAAACCUGGCAUCCGAACCACGUAAAGAGAUGAUAACGGAUCUUCAAAAGAAUACGGUUGUAACCGCAAGAGCGUCCAGACGACGUCGAAAGGCUGCCGAAGAUCUCGUAGGAUUGUCGGAUACGAGCAAGAAGCAAACGAAAAUCGUUACAAUUCGGCAUCUUGCAGUACAAGAAGAAGCGGGGUAG